AUUGUUUUUGUUUUCCAGGUCAGAUGUACAAUUGCUUGCACCGAGGAUUGCAGCUCAAAAAAUGCAACUGCAGAACCAGCAACCAGUAGUAAUGAUGAUUUAUCAGUAAACUCUGCAAGUGGAAGAGUGAUGGGGGCUGCAUCAUCACCUGAUGAGACAAGAGGAUCCAACCUGAUGUAUAAUCUGGAGGCAGAAUUCAUUGGUGUGACUUCCGUCACCUUAAAAUGGAUAGUGAAUAGCAACGCUUCUGACCAAUACACAUACAGGAUAGAGGUUGUAAAUGCUACAAAUGAUACACCUGAGCCGAACGUGACAUCCAAUGAAACCAAAGCAAAAAUUACUGGGUUAAUCCCUGGGACACUGUACAGCUUCACAGUAUUUGCUGUAGCAGUUCAUGAUGAGACAGAAGGAGAAGGAGUGUCCAUAGAUCUGUAUACAAGGCCCAGCCCGGUUCUUGAUCUCGAGGCAGAAUCCAUUGGUGUGACUUCCGUCACCUUAAAAUGGGUGGUGAAUGACAGCGCUUCUGACUCCUACACAUACAGGAUAGAGGUUGUAAAUGGUACAAAUGGUACAUUUGUGAGGAGUGUGACAUCCAGUGAAACCAAAGCAGAAAUUACUGGGUUAAUCCCUGGGACACUGUACAGCUUCACAGUAUUUGCUGUAGCAGCUGAUCAUGAGACAGAAGGAGAGAGAAGUCCCAUGCACCUGUAUACAAGGCCCAGCCCGGUUCUUGAUCUCAAGGCAGAAUCCAUCGGUGUGACUUCCAUCACCUUAAAAUGGGUGGUGAAUGACAGCGCUUCUGACUCUUACACAUACAGGAUAGAGGUUGUAAAUGAUAUACCUGUGAAGAAUGUGACAUCCAAUGAAAACAAAGCAGAAAUUACUGAGUUAAUCCCUGGAACACUGUACAACUUCACAGUAUUUGCUGUAGCAGUUCAUGAUGAGACAGAAGGAGAAGGAGUGUCCAUAGAUCUGUAUACAAGGCCCAGCCCGGUUCUUGAUCUCGAGGCAGAAUCCAUUGGUGUGACUUCCGUCACCUUAAAAUGGGUGGUGAAUGACAGCGCUUCUGACUCCUACACAUACAGGAUAGAGGCUGUAAAUGGUACAAAUGGUACAUUUGUGAGGAGUGUGACAUCCAGUGAAACCAAAGCAGAAAUUACCGGGUUAAUCCCUGGGACACUGUACAGCUUCACAGUAUUUGCUGUAGCAGCUGAUCAUGAGACAGAAGAAGAAGGAGUGCCCAGAGCUCUGUAUACAAGGCCCAGCCCGGUUCUUGAUCUCAAGGCAGAAUCCAUUGGUGUGACUUCCAUCACCUUAAAAUGGGUGGUGAAUGACAGCACUUCCAACACUUACAUGUACAGGAUAGAGGUUGUAAAUGGUACAAAUGAUACAUUUGUGAAGAAUGUGACAUCCAAUGAAACCAAAGCAGAAAUUACCGGGUUAAUCCCUGGGACACUGUACAGCUUCACAGUAUUUGCUGUAGCAGCUGAUCAUAAGACAGAAGGAGAAGGAGUGUCCAUAGACCGGUAUACAUGGCCCAGCCCGGUUCUUGAUCUCGAGGCAGAAUCCAUUGGUGUGACUUCCGUCACCUUAAAAUGGGUGGUGAAUGACAGCGCUUCUGACUCCUACACAUACAGGAUAGAGGUUGUAAAUGGUACAAAUGGUACAUUUGUGAGGAGUGUGACAUCCAGUGAAACCAAAGCAGAAAUUACCGGGUUAAUCCCUGGGACACUGUACAGCUUCACAGUAUUUGCUGUAGCAGCUGAUCAUGAGACAGAAGGAGGAGGAGUGUCCAUAGAUCUGUAUACAAGGCCCAGCCCGGUUCUUGAUCUUGAGGCAGAAUCCAUUGGUGUGACUUCCGUCACCUUAAAAUGGGUGGUGAAUGACAGCGCUUCUGACUCCUACACAUACAGGAUAGAGGUUGUAAAUGGUACAAAUGGUACAUUUGUGAGGAGUGUGACAUCCAAUGAAACCAAAGCAGAAAUUACCGGGUUAAUCCCUGGGACACUGUACAGCUUCACAGUAUUUGCUGUAGCAGCUGAUCAUGAGACAGAAGGAGGAGGAGUGUCCAAAGACCUGUAUACAUUAACUGUCUCAGUGGAUUCACUUCAGUGUGAACCAGUGGCCAAGCAGCCUUUCCUAAUGCUGAAGUGGAAAUGUCCUUUUGGUAACAACUCUGGCUUCGGAAUCAAAAUAUAUAAUAUAAGCACUUCUGAAGUAGUAAGAGAAGAAUCGGCUCCACGCUGCAUGGUGGAAGGCUUUGAGCAAACCUUCCAAACAGGACGUUUAAAUUUUUUCAGCACCUAUAAUGUUACUAUCAUAACUCUUCCAAAUGGCACUGAAAGCUCUCCAGUGGGCAAGUUGUGUCACACCAGCAUUACUGACCCACCUCCUCCAACUGAAGUUCCUUCAGUCAAGGCCAUCAGUCACAGUUCGUUGUCUGUUGAAUUCUCUGAUUUUGAUCCACUGAAUGGUCCAUUAGAAGCCUACGCAAUAAUGAUUACAACAGAUGAUCAAAGUUCUGAGUCUUUGAAAUCUAAAUUGAACAACACAUACAAAGAUUUCAAGAAGAAGAAGGCAACUGCCUAUGUUACGUAUGUCAUAAAAACAAAGCAGGCAGAAUCACAUUCUUCCAUUUCUCAGAAUGAUAAGAACAUCAUUCAUGUAGGCAAGGGAAACACAAUGUAUGGCUAUGAAAAUGGACCAUUGAUCCCUCUUCAUUCAUACAGGGCAUGUGUUGCAGGUUUCACUAAUAUAACAUUUACAGCCAACGUGAUUGAGGGGGAAGAUAGUUACGUAUCAUUUUCACCCUGUUCUGAACCGGUUUUACUGCCCCAGGAUCCAGGUGUUAUUGCUAGAGUGGUUAUUGGAUGCCUCUUGGCUAUCUUGGCUGUAGUUGCUGUAGGGGGGUUCAUAUUCUGGAGAAGGAGAAGGAAAGAUAAAAGAAAUACUGAAGUGUCUUUUUCUCCAAUUAAAUCAAAAAUUAUUAAAGUGGAGAACUUUGAGUCAUACUUUAAGAAGCAGCAAGCUGACUCCAACUGUGGUUUUGCUGAAGAGUAUGAGGAACUCAAGUCUGCUGGUAUUCAUCAGCCCAAAUUUGCUGCUGAACUUCCUGAGAACAGGGGGAAAAAUAGAUACAACAACGUCUUACCAUAUGAUAUUUCUCGUGUUAAACUUUCAAAUCAAACCUCUGGAACUGGUGAUUAUAUUAAUGCAAACUAUAUGCCUGGCUAUAACUCAAAGACGGCAUUUAUUGCUGCACAGGGUCCAUUACCCAACACUAUAGAAGACUUCUGGCAAAUGAUUUGGGAAAAGAGUAUCUACUCUGUUGUUAUGUUGACAAAAUGUGUGGAACAAGCCCGGACAAAAUGUGAGCAGUACUGGCCAGACAAACAACCCAAGAGCUAUGGUGACAUUAUUGUGACAAUGGUCUCAGAAGUUGUCCUUCCAGAAUGGACAAUAAGGGAUUUCACUGUAGAAAAGUCCAACACCCUCAAGAGCCACACAGUGCGCCAGUUCCAUUUCACCUCCUGGCCGGAUCACGGUGUGCCAGAGACAACAGACCUUCUCAUCAACUUCAGGCACCUUGUCCAUGAGUACAACAGCCAGAAUCCAGUGGACUCUCCUACUCUGGUGCACUGCAGCGCUGGCGUUGGGAGGACAGGGACGUUCAUUGCCAUCGACCGCCUGAUCCAGCAGAUGGAGAUGGAGAACACCGUGGAUGUGUAUGGAGUGGUGUACGACCUCCGCAUGCACCGACCCCUCAUGGUGCAGACUGAGGACCAGUAUGUCUUCCUAAACCAGUGUGUCAUGGAUAUCAUUAAAUCCCAGAGAGAGAGGAAAAUGGACCUUAUCUACCAAAAUGUGACAGCAAUGGCAAUCUAUGAAAACUUCACACCUGGGCCAGCCUUUGGGAAGGCCAAUGGCUACCAUGCAUAGACCAGAAGGCCUCUAUCCUGGAGAUGUUAUUUGCCCGUAGCAAAGGGAGGUGUCCGACUCGUGUUUUCUGGGAUUGUGUGCAGUGUCUCAUGUCUGGCUUGUCCAGCUCUGUCUGCAUUCAAAGGUGUGAUCUACAGUAGGAAAAACACAACACUGGCAGGAGCUGCAGACUGAUGUUAAAAAAACCCAAACAGCAAAACCCAAGCAAAGCUUUUUAAAGUUAACAGAGGAAUCUUUUUUUUGGGGGGAAUUUAACAGUACUGAUAUGUGAAAUAGCAUUUGCUGUAUGAACAGCGAACUAGAGUUAAAUAUUAAAAUAAUAACACAAGCUUUUUAUUACAAUUUUAUAUUGUUUCAUUUACAGACACCAGGCUGGUGGGUUGUUUUAAUAUAUUUAAUUAUAAGUUUCAGGAACAUAUUUUAUCUACUGUAUCUGGUUACUUAGUUAAUAGAUAUGUGCCUCUGUGAUCUAUUUUUUUUCUGUGUUCCUUUUUAUUUAAAAAAGGAGUACAAAUGGCUCCUUCAAAUGGACAUUCAUACUUGGAAAUUGUGCCUUUUCUAGUUGCUACUCUAGAAAAAAAAAACAGCAGAGAUUCUAUUUUUCUACUGAAACUCUUAAUGAGAACACAGAUUUUUUUAAAUAAGGCUUAUGUCAAACUUAACUGUAGUUGCACUGUUGGCAGGACUCUCCAGAAGCUUGGAGGUGAGCUUUGUUUUUGCAUUUCACCACAAAUAUCCCCUGCCUUAAUGUUUUGGUGUGCCUCUGCCAAAGGAAAAGCAGUGUGGUCUGUCACUCCGAGCUUUAACUGUAAUUAAAAACAGAACAAGUGAAUGUGUGUGCAGGGGGGUGUUUGGCGUGUGGAUGAAGGACAGAAUAGCUCCUCCCUGUUCCUGUCUGAUAUUCCUGUUUUUAUACAAUUUAUAAUGACUUAUUUAAAGGUGCAAUAUAUGAUUUACUGAAUAAUGCUCACUCUAAUAGAGUUUUUCUCAGGUUGGUGUAUUUUUAUCAUUGUUGUUGUUUUUCCUCAAAUAUAUAAAUCUCUGAAAAUGCUGAAA